UGCAGAUUUGUCAGAUAGCCCGUGUGCAUGGCAUGGUUGACAGGAUACGGCUCGUGCUUUAGCCCAGGGGCCCGGUGGUCGUUUUUAUCAGGGAUCAACACUCAGUAAACUGUCAGAGAGACACAUAAAUCCGUGUGAUCUUUGUGUUUGAGCCGCUGGCCUAACCGUGUGGAUCUUAUUUCCUAUUUUGUCAUUGGUCAUUAGUGAACUAGUCAACGCUGCUCGUCGAAAAUGGCGGAUGUACCGACUGAGAAGAGUCUGGAUGAUUUCUUUGCCAAACGAGAUAAAAAGAAGAAGAAAGAGAAGGGAAAGGGCAAGGAAACCACUGCGGCACCUACCACAAUGGUGCUGAAAAAGACUAAAAAAGAGAAGGAAAAGUCCGCGAAAAAUGACAACCAGGACACUCAGAUUGAGAAGGAGGAUGAAGAGUGGAAGGAGUUUGAGCAAAAAGAAGUGGACUACAGUGGGCUUCGGCUGCAGGCUUUACAGAUAACUGAUGAAAAAGAAGAAGAAGAGUAUGAGAAAGAGGAGGUGGGAGAGGAUGGAGAGAUGAUCCUUGUCAGUGGAGACAAAGUGUCAGGACCUUGGAACAAGUCCAGUGGUGCCCCGGCUCCUACAGCCCCUGUGGAUGAUGAAGAGGUUCCCGAAACAAAACCUGCUGGAGUAUAUCGGCCCCCUGGGGCCAGACUGCCCACUGCCAAAAGAAGCACUAACCAGGGCCCCCCUGAGAUCUUCAGUGACACACAGUUCCCCUCUCUCCUGGCCACUGCCAAGCAUGUGGAAACACGCAAAGACCGAGAGAUGGAGAAGACCUUUGAGGUUGUCAAACACAGAACCCGUGGUAGAGAUGAUGCAGGGGGAGCUUCUAUACAGCACUUGCAGCUGGAUAACCAGUAUGCCAUCCUGGGGGAUAAGUAGACCCCUCCAUGCCCUGGCCCCUCCAGCACGGUUCUGCCAGCCCGUGGAAGGAAGCGGACUGCAGAGGAGGACUGCAGCCACAGCAGAGCUCAUGCCACCACCAUCAUUACUUCAUACAAAAUACAUACACAGAGCAAUAUCAAUGUGGUCCACCCAUUCUCUUUACAAAGACUCCUAACAUAUUCAACUCCUUUGGUUGGCUAACAGUGGACUGCAUCUGAUGGGGCUGAUGAAGCGGAGUACAAGCAAAGAAAUUGACACUGCAGCACUCUGAACUGACAGCACAGUUGUCCUAUGGCUCGUGCUCAGAGCUGAAGUCGUGCGACCAAACUUCUCUCUGGACUCCAACUCGCUUUGCUGAAGCAACAGGCGACUGAAGUGACUUUAGGAGAUGAUUUUACAAACUUCUGUAAAAAUGUCUAUUUUUUCCAAGAUGGUUCUAACCUGAUCUCGCACAUGAUAUAAUGGGGGGUUUGAGUUGUGGUUGGGGCUUUGGGAGUGGGCGUGUACUUCGCCCUAUGUGGACUGAGCUUUUGUUACCAUUUUCCUUUGCUGUGGUGGCGAAAGGGUUAACACAGGCCCUAUAUACAAGCUGGCUCUAAAUACAGAAACUUGUUUUCUUUCAAAAUGAUGGCACCUAAUGGACAAUAAGUUUCUAUAUAAAGUGGCCUUAUUGCUUUGUCAUCUGGAGAGAUUUGUGCUUGCUGUCUUUGAAUCUCAUCACUUAGUGAAAAUGAAAAGGAAAAAAUUAGUUCACUAAUUUUGUGUUGUCGCUCCUUCUGAUUCCAUGUAACCGUCUCAUGCACAGCUUCUUUCAACUGGCAGCAUUACUCUAACCAGGACUUUGUGCUUUGAUACCAGCUGGACAUGGACAUUCUCGAGGAAGAGUGCUCUGCUACUUUUUAUCAGCUCAUACCCCACUCACACACAUCUGUGUUUUCUUGUUUUUACAUUUCUCAGCUCACGUUGCCCUCAUUCUUUUAUGCAGUUGUGCACAGGUAAAACAGUUUAUGCAAUGAAUUCAAUCCAUGCCCAAACACUUAACAUGACAUGUGGUCUCAAAAGAUAACUGGAUUUGUUCUGUCUUUUCGUUCUGUCCAUCAAUUAGUCAGGAGUGUUUGAACCUGAUGAGUGAAAUAGAAACAUUUGUAAUAAAAGAUGAGCCUAACCUAAAUAAUAAAGUGAUCCUUGUGAAUAGAA